AGACGCCCGGGAGGGUCGGCCGGGAGGGUCACCCGGCGCCCGGGAUGGUUACCCAGACGCCCGGGAGGGUCGCCCGGGAGGGUCACCCGGCGCCCGGGAGGGUGUGAGCGCGUGAAGCGGGGCCGCGCCCCGCGGGAGCGCGCGGACGCGGGCAGGCUCCACACGGCCGGGACGACAGCUGGGUUCGGGGUGAGGGCCCAAGUCCGACCGCUGGUCGAUCCGGACCUGCCUCAGGCCUGCGGGCGGCCCCUCCACCCACCCCCCGAGGCGAUUUUAUCUAGGUCUUGUUCUGUGUCCGUGGAACCCUUGAGGAGACAUCUUGCUCUCACUUUGUGUGAGGUUGGCCCAUCAUGGAGUGGAUUAAGCCUGUGGUAGAUGGUGCUCGAGCUGCCUAUAACCAGGGCAGAACCCGCCCACUGGAAUUCCGCAUUCAGCAGCUGAAGGCGCUGGAGAGAAUGCUGACCGAGAAGAAGGAUCAAGUCUUGGAGGCACUCCAGAAGGACUUGCAGAAGAAUAAAUUUGCAGUGGAAAUAUUUGAAAUCGUGGGCAUUCUGAAUGAAAUUACUGUGACUUUGAACAAGCUGCCUGAGUGGACGGCACGGGAGUAUGUGUCGAAGAGCAUGACGACACUAAUGGACACUGUUUUCAUCCACCGAGAGCCUCUGGGUGUGGUUCUUAUCAUUGGGGCCUGGAACUACCCAUUGGCACUUGUGCUCCAGCCCUUAGUGGGGGCCAUUGCAGCAGGAAAUGCCGCAGUCCUGAAGCCGUCGGAAGUGAGUGGGAAUACUGCGCAGCUGCUGGCGGAUCUCCUCCCUCAGUACCUGGACAAGGAGCUCUACCCUGUAAUUAAUGGAGCAGAAAAGGAGGCCACCGAGCUGCUGAGCAUUCAGUUUGAUCACAUCUUCUUCACGGGCAGUGCUGCCAUCGGCAGGGUUGUCAUGGAGGCUGCUGCCAAGCAUCUGACGCCGGUGACCCUGGAGCUUGGUGGGAAGAGUCCGUGCUACAUCGACAGCAACUGCGAUCUGGACGUUGCCUGCAGGCGUAUAGCGUGGGCCAGAUACGCUAACUGUGGCCAAACCUGCAUUGCCCCUGACUACAUCCUGUGUGAUAAAAGCAUCCAAGAUGAAGUGGUGAAGAAGAUCGGCUCCACUAUUACAGAAUUUUACGGAUCUGAUCCCCAGAAAUCCCCGGACUACGGGCGAAUUGUCAACCAGCGGCAUUUUCAGAGAAUUAUGUCCUUGCUGGAGGGAGUGAAUGUGGCGUAUGGUGGUCAAAAUGACGAAGGGGAUCUCUACAUAGCUCCAACAGUUGUGACCGACGUGGACCCCGACUCCAGGAUUAUGCAGGAGGAGAUCUUUGGGCCGUUGCUGCCCAUUGUCACAGUCAGUAGUGUGGACGAGGCCAUUGCCUUCAUCAACAAGCGGGACAAGGCUCUGGCUCUCUACGUCUUCUCCCACAACAAGAAGUUGAUAAACAGGAUGAUCACAGAGACAUCCAGCGGCGGAGUAACAGCCAAUGACUGCCUCAUCCAUUACACUCUCCACACUCUGCCGUUCGGGGGCGUGGGUAAAAGUGGCUUUGGGGCGUACCAUGGCAAAUACAGCUUUGAAACAUUCAGUCAUCGCCGAGCCUGUGUGUUGAAGUCACUGGGCAUGGAAAAGGUGAACAGUAUCCGGUAUGCGCCUGCCAGUGACUCAAAGGAAAAGUGGACACUUUGGCUACUGAAGAAGUAAUGAAAAGUAUGAUAAACGGGCCAACUCCAUUGGCAUUGACCUUCUGACGACCUCGGGAUAGAGGUCCCAUGCAAGGCCAUUAUUUUGUGGGAGGAACCAGCUAAACAAACUGCAAGGAAAUCUGACCAAAUCAGCAACCUGCUCUAGUAACCUAACUCUUCCAUUGGAACAAUAAACCAUGACGAUCCUCCAACAUAUUUAAUGAUUAAGAUGUGCUACAGAGUAGCUGGUGCCAGCAUCGGCAAAGUAAGCCACGUGGCCUCCCCUGCUGUCAUUUCUGAUUUGUUAAACAUUUAACCUUUUAACAUUUAACAUUUUGUAUUUUAGAACUACAUCGUAUUUUGUUUAAUCAUUAUAAUGUGUUAUUACUAGGGCUUAACCACAUACAGAAAUAGACUUCCUAUUUCUAAACCUUCCAGAUAGCUGCUUCACUGGUAUAGUGGCCCACAGAUUUUAUGCCCUUGAAUAUAUUGUUAACAAGAUGAAUAGAUGUUUUAGUGAUGAGAGUUUGAAGAAGUAUUGAAUAUAGCCAAGUCAUGCAUGAGUUUCACUUUGCAUGCAUGCAUGCACACUUUCUCCUCUACAGUCCUCCUCCUUCACCUCUUUUACUUCUUUCUCUCCUUCCUACAUUCAAACAGCGAUUCUAUUACAAAAUGUUCUGCCUUGCCUGUGAAAGAGUUUGGGACUUCCUGAGGUUAUGAAAGGUGCUCUCUUAGUUACACUCAGUCAGCUCCACUACACUUCAUUUGCCUGCUGACACCAGUCUCCCAAAACAGACGCUGUUCCGAGUUCCAUCAAACAACCAGGCAGACAAGGGAAAAGAUUCAAGGAUGUGCUCAAAGCCCCCUUCAAAGACUGCAACAUCGCUACUGACUCCUGGGAAUCUCUGCCUCAUGACCACUCAAAGUGGAGAAGGAGCAUUUGAGUAUUGAGAACCUGGAGGUCAUAGAUCGGAAGCACACAGAAGUCCAGCAGAAGGAUUGCAUCACCUCACAGAUGAUCCUCCCCUAUCAGUCAUCUCCUGCCCAUCUGAGGAAGAUCCUGCAGUCCCCAGCUUGGCCACAGAACCCAAUGAACCAGAUGGAAGCAAGUCAACUUCAAUCCCGAAGGACUGCUUAAAGAGAAUGAAUGCAAGUGUUUCUCUCCCGAUAAAAGAAUGGAAUGCAAUGUGGAGAAGGAAGUUAGCAGCAAAGCUUCCUGGGAAUAAGGAUCCUCAAGGAUUCUGGAAUGUUCCUGGAUUUCCAUCUGACUCUCCGGUGUUGGUACCCAAACUCCCUUCUAAAGUCAGAUGGAAAAUUGCAAGUAGCUGGGAACAAGCAGAAAAUUCCACCUGUAUCUCUCUUGGAUUGAUGGACUAUACAUCUUUGCUGGGGAAAAAUCUUCCCCAGUAUCAGACCUAAAUUUAUUAGGAGUUCAAUUUUAUUUCACUGCUUUAUUUACUUAUCAUUUUAGGACAGCCAUUCUAUUUCGUAUAAUUGAGGACUUGGCUUUGCCAUUAAAUUUCAUUAUCUCAAGUAGUAGAUCUUGGUGGUCUGAUUUAUUAUUUAUCUGAAAACAGCUUCCAGUCUCUUUAAAAAAAAAUCCAAAGAAUUGCAGAGUUUAUUAGACAAAGGGUUGGAUCCACUCAUCACCUCCGUCCAUCACUGAGCUUUACCGCAAAUCAAAACGACAUUUUUAAGGAGUAAAUAAUCAUCGAUGGAAGUAAUCUUUCAGGCUGAUGGUGCAUUCACACGGCCGUGACCAAUAAUGAGUUCAUAAAAUCAGAAAUGAUCAUUUCUAGUCUGUCCUAUGUUUUAGAUUCCAAGGCUGGUCAGGUGGUACAUUUUCCUCCAGGAGGUUAGAGCAUUGACCACAAGAUCUAGUCUGCCAUUCCCAGAGUGCAGGGACAAGUGUUCUUCAGCCAGAGGAGCCGUUUUUCUGAUGAGACACUAAACCCAGGCCCCAUCUUGCCUAUUAAGUAGACAUUCUUCCAACUGUCUUGAGGAAUAUCUAUCCUCGGGCAACAUCACUAAAUA